CAUCCUGGUGCUUUCCUUUGGAUUUCUACUUCUCUUUACUGCCUACGGAGGUCUGCAGAGUCUGCAGUGGUGGUUUUCUGAGUUUUGGGCUCUGGCUUCUGCAAGGAAAGAGACCCUCUCUGCGAAUUUUUCUUCUCUGGUGUCUGGUCAGUUGUCUGCAGCACAGCAGGGACCCCCUGCACAAGUGACCACAGGGUCGGGCUGAGCUGGAUGUGGAAGCCAAGGAAACAGAUGGCGGGACCCUUGUGAAAGAAGCAAAAGCCAAAUGUCACCGCUGCCAUUGCCUUUGCCUGAGCUGGCUCUGGUUACCUAUUUGACCCUUUGUUCGCUUCACACCAAGCUAUGCUAGGCACCAAGUGACAAAUGACAAAAACAAGAAAAAUGUGCAUUGUGUUUACACAGCGUUAAGCUGGAGCUGCUUGCUCUGCCUCAGGCAUAGCGGGAACCUUGGUCUCCGAGGAGCCUGGAGACGCGGCUCCCUGGCUUCCCUGGCACCCCGCCUUCUCAGGGAUGAGGCAGGGGCUGCGGGAAGCAGGAAGCGUGAGGGCACCUCUGCCCCAGGCCGGCCACACUGGCUGCUUCCCCCUCGUCUCCACUUGCUGAUUCCCCUUGACCAGAGUUCUCCGCAGUCUCCUCCCCUCCCAUCCCUCAGCGGGAGGAGAGGACGCCCGCCCAGGCAGCCUGUUGCUGGGGGUCUCCAGGACCUGGAGAUGACCCAGAGCACCUAGCCCUGGCCGCCGGGCCCCUGACCGGGCUGGCCUUGUCCCCGCAGAGCAGCCUGUACAGCGAGGACGGCCUGGGGGUGGCGGCGCUCAGCACGCUCUAUGGCGCGAUGCUCCUGUCAUCCCUGCUCCUGCCGCCCAUCCUCAUCGCGAAGCUCGGCUGCAAGUGGACCAUCGUCAUCUCCAUGUGCUGCUACGUGGCCUUCUCCCUGGGCAACUUCUACGCCAGCUGGUACACGCUGAUCCCCACUUCCAUCCUGCUGGGACUUGGAGCAGCCCCGCUGUGGUCCGCGCAGGGCACCUACCUCACCAUCAUGGGAAACACACACGCAGAGAAGACAGGAAAGGUCAGCAAAGACGUGGUCAGCCAGUAUUUUGGCAUCUUCUUCCUCAUAUUCCAGUCGUCUGGUGUGUGGGGCAACCUGAUCUCGUCUCUGGUGUUCGGCCAGACGCCCACUCAAGGGGCCAUCCCAGAGGAGCAGUUCGAGUCCUGCGGGGCCAGUGACUGCCUGGGGGCCACGGCGUCCACCAACAGCACAAACCGUCCCUCCCAGGAGCUGAUCUACACCCUGCUGGGCAUCUACACGGGCAGCGGCUUCCUGGCGGUCCUGCUCACCGCCGCGUUUCUGGAACCCAUAAAAGACGCUGAGCAGAAAAGUGAGGGAGAGAAGCAAGCGCCAUCGUUCUGGUCCACUUUGCUGUCGACGGUCAAGCUGUUUAGAGACAAGCGCCUGUGUCUCCUGGUCCUGCUGCCGCUGUACUGCGGCUUCCAGCAGGCCUUCCUGGCCGGUGACUACACGCGGUCCUACACCACCUGCGCCCUGGGGAUCCAGUUCGUGGGCUACGUGAUGAUCUGCUUCUCAGCUGUCAACGCGCUGUGCUCCGUGCUGUACGGGAAGCUGGCCCAGUACACGGGCAGGAUCGCUCUCUUCGCGCUGGGUGCCGUGACCCAGCUGUCCUGCUUCAUCGCCCUCCUGCUGUGGAAGCCUCACCCCCGCCAGCUGCCUUUGUUCUUCGUGUUUCCCGGCCUCUGGGGCAUGGCCGACGCCGUCUGGCAGACACAGAACAAUGCUCUUUUCGGGGUCCUGUUUGAGAAGAACAAGGAGGCCGCCUUUGCCAGUUACCGCCUGUGGGAAGCCCUGGGCUACGUCAUCGCGUUCGGAUACAGCACGUUUCUGUGUGUCAGCGUCAAACUCUACGUCCUCCUGGGCGUCCUGAGUCUGGCCAUGGCGGCGUAUGGAACUGUCGAGUAUCUGGGGUCCAAGAAGGUGGCCAGGCUGCUCACCGAAGAGCAGACAAAACCAGCUGAGGAAGGAGUAACACAGACAAAAAUGUGAAGCAACAAACCCCACGGUGGAUGAACCCAGAGCGUAUCGGCGGGAGAGUUUUACCUGAAGAUGCCUCAGAGUUUAUAGUUGAUUCUUCACGACUACUUCAACGAUAUUUCAUCUUUUACGUGAAUUUUUUUUCUAUUUUAUCAAAUUUUUCAGUCCACCCUCUCAUCCAUAGAGACCCAGAGCAUAUGUGAAAGAAAUAAACUCAGGGUACAAUCAACCACUCGGAACUGGCCUAGAAUCAUGGGGGCAACAGCUUAUGCUUGUUUUUGUCGUUGUUGCUAAGAAUUGGAAGGCUGCUGUGACAAUGCAGCCCAACACCAUCAUUUUACAAACAGGGAAACUGAGGUCCAGGCAAGUCAGUGACUACCUCUCAGAGUCAGCAAGUGACAAAGCCAGACUAGGGUUUAUGUCUCUUGACACUUAUAGAGUAUGAGUUUCUAAAUAAAUGCAAUUACGCUAUGGACUUGACUCUUGUCCACAUACUUUGGACACACACACACAAGUCAUCACAUUACCCUGUUGUAGACCAUUGGAGACAACAGGCAAAAGUAAUUUCCAGGGCUUCCCUGGUGGCACAGUGGCUAAGAAUCUGCCUGCCAAUGCAGGGGACAC